ACGUUUCCCUGGUCGGCGGCGGCCGCCACUCCUCGCGAUCCGGCGGAGGGAGUCUCGCUGGGCAGCCUCGCCCCGGCGGGCUGGGCUGGGCACGGCUCCGCCGCGGGCCCCGCGCCGCGCUCCCGAUCCUUCUGAGUCGUACUUGAAGCCGCCAAAAUGGUUCUGGCAGAUCUUGGAAGAAAAAUAACUUCAGCAUUGCGCUCCCUGAGCAAUGCCACAAUCAUCAAUGAAGAGGUUUUAAAUGCUAUGUUAAAAGAAGUAUGUACAGCAUUACUGGAAGCUGAUGUUAAUAUCAAACUUGUGAAGCAACUUAGAGAAAAUGUCAAGUCUGCAAUUGAUCUUGAAGAAAUGGCAUCUGGCCUUAACAAAAGAAAAAUGAUCCAGCAUGCAGUCUUUAAAGAGCUUGUUAAGCUUGUAGAUCCUGGAGUCAAGGCAUGGACACCUACCAAAGGAAAACAGAAUAUUAUAAUGUUCGUUGGUUUGCAAGGAAGUGGUAAAACAACAACUUGUUCAAAGUUAGCAUACUUCUAUCAGAGGAAAGGCUGGAAGACUUGUCUAAUAUGUGCAGACACAUACAGAGCAGGUGCUUUUGACCAGUUAAAGCAGAAUGCCACAAAAGCAAGAAUUCCCUUUUAUGGGAGUUAUACAGAAAUGGAUCCUGUAAUAAUUGCCUCAGAAGGUGUUGAGAAAUUUAAGAAUGAAAACUUUGAAAUUAUCAUUGUUGAUACAAGUGGACGUCACAAACAAGAAGACUCUUUGUUUGAAGAAAUGUUACAAGUUGCUAAUGCCAUACAACCAGAUAACAUCGUUUAUGUGAUGGAUGCUUCCAUUGGCCAAGCUUGUGAAGCUCAAGCUAAAGCUUUCAAAGACAAAGUAGAUGUGGCUUCUGUUAUUGUCACUAAGCUGGAUGGACAUGCCAAAGGAGGUGGAGCCCUUAGUGCAGUUGCUGCCACAAAGAGUCCUAUUAUUUUUAUUGGAACUGGCGAGCACAUAGAUGACUUUGAACCCUUUAAAACACAGCCUUUCAUCAGCAAGCUGCUUGGUAUGGGUGAUAUUGAAGGAUUGAUAGAUAAAGUAAAUGAGUUGAAGUUGGAUGAUAAUGAAGCACUCAUAGAGAAGCUAAAACAUGGUCAAUUUACAUUAAGAGAUAUGUAUGAACAAUUCCAAAACAUCAUGAAAAUGGGACCAUUCAGUCAGAUCUUGGGCAUGAUCCCUGGUUUUGGAACUGACUUCAUGAGUAAAGGCAAUGAACAGGAAUCAAUGGCAAGGCUAAAGAAACUCAUGACUAUAAUGGACAGUAUGAAUGAUCAAGAACUUGACAGUACAGAUGGUGCCAAAGUUUUCAGUAAGCAGCCAGGAAGAAUCCAAAGAGUAGCAAGAGGCUCUGGUGUUUCUACCAGAGAUGUUCAGGAGCUAUUGACCCAAUACACUAAGUUUGCGCAGAUGGUGAAAAAGAUGGGAGGCAUCAAAGGGCUUUUCAAAGGUGGUGAUAUGUCCAAGAACGUAAACCCAUCUCAGCUGGCCAAACUGAAUCAGCAGAUGGCAAAGAUGAUGGAUCCAAGAGUUCUUCAUCAUAUGGUGUGUGAUUUCCUGGGGGAAAAGAUUGCAUCUGUUCUGGGAAUAAGCACACCAAAAUACCAAUAUGCCAUUGAUGAGUAUUACAGAAUGAAGAGAGAGGCAGAAGAGGAGGAACAGGAAAACAAGAUGUCAGAAGAAGCAGAAAGGCAGCAUCAGGAACAGCAGAACAAGCCACAAGCUGAAGCUCCUGUCCAGACAGACCAGCCUGGAGCAACAGCAUGCUCUUCAUUUGUGAACGUAAACUUUGAAAAUGAGGAAGAUUGCCCACCCACUGCGGAAAACAAACAAGAUGUAGUUCCUGUCCCUCCUUAAGUGUAAAGCUCUGUAUAAUGUAGGAAAUAAGAACUGUCAGGUGUCACAAUCUGCCUAUAAACAGGAAAAAUAGGAUCAUGCUUGUUCAGUGAAAUACAACUCCUACCAUUCUUAUUGAUCAGGAGAGAGCUAGGCAAUGUCUGUUCAGUCAGUCUGCCUAAUAAAGGCUGAGGCAUUCUGCCAAAUUGGCACUUCAGUUAAAAUGAAAAUUGCACUACAAACAUUUGGUCUAAAAUUGAAUGUGUGAGCUAAUUUCUGUGGAAAGUAAGUAGAAAUGUCUUUUCUUUGAAUUGCUGUGUCUCUAACACCUGUGAAUUGCAGAGGCAGUGCUGUUUCCUACUUCUAAAAACCUGAUUUGCACAUUGUUUGCAACUUGGCUCUCUAUGAAUAGAUUAAUAGGAAUUAAUAUCCUGUAACUCAAAGGUAAUUAUAACAGUCUUAUUCCCCCUAUUUAUUGUCACUGUUGUAUGCAUGUAUUUUUUCUGUUGUUAACACAAAAGAAUAAUGUUAGAUUUAAUGUUAAUUAAAGGGUCCACUGACUUUUUGUUAAUUAAGUAAAAAAAAUCCCAACUUCCAGGAGGCUAUAAGCAUCCUUAAGAACUUACUAACAAGUACCAGCACUCUUGGAGGCCAAUAGUGCUCAGCUGCUCCAUCCAGUGCUGUUGUAGCAAAGUUCAGAACUAACAUCAGUCUAGGAUGUUCUCAAGCCCAAGAAUUAAGAGACCCAUGCUUGAAUGCAUGCUCUCAGUGGUCUGGAAAAGAAACUAGAGUCUUGCUAAAUGAUAUCAAGUGCAUGGUACACUCUAUGUAGUACCAGUCUAGAACUGUGAACUUUUUUGGACAUUGAUUACACAAGUCUGUGUACUUGAGUAACCUAAAGAAAUUGUGUGUUGAAUGUUAAAUUGCCAGUAAGGGAUGUGCCACUGCAGAUAAUUUUCAUCCUAUUAGCACAGAACACAUACAUAACUAGAAACAACAAAACCAAACUUGGGACUCUUUCCUUCUCUUAAAUAACUAUGUGUUGUGAUACUGCACUUACAAAACCAGAAAUUUCUAUUUUUGUCUAAAUGAAGUGCAGCUCCACAUCUAAUACCAAUUAAGCUGUUUUACUGCAGUGACUGUACCUGUAGCUUGUAAAAGGUGAAUAGUUUACUUUGCAACAAUCAGGUGUCAUUGCCUCAGUCAUUUUCUGUGGACAACUGUUGUAGGUAAAGGAGCAGAGAACCUGCACUAUUUACCAUGUAGAACAUUACUUCUGUCUUUGAGAUUUAUAAAAAAAAAUUUAAAAUAAUCCUUAAUAAAAUUGGGUUGUUGGGUAUCAUGACAUGUCCCUGGCCUUGCUUCCAGUGCCAACUGAGGAGCCUGAUGUAACACCACAGGCCAGGUACCUUGGCUCUUAGUUUCUGGAAUUAAUUAUGUAUUUCAGAUGACCCUCUGCCUGAACUAAUGUCCUGUACAGCACAAAUGCUUCCUCUCAUCUGUCUGUAGCUCUCCAGUACUACAGAAAAUCGAAGGAGGAAGAUUCAAUCAUCAGCUCUAGUCCAUCUGCUUUGAUACUCCAUUCUUUGCCUUUUGUGAAUUGUAAGACAGAGGAUGCUGACCACAGUGUAAAAUCACUCCUUUGCCCUGGAUGUCUGCAAGGGAGAGCUUGAUUCAACACCAAGGGAAUACACAGAAAAUCAGCUUGUUAGGAGUUCAUAUAGCAUCAAAGAAAGAAAACAUCAGAUAGCUUGAGUAAUACUUUGACAGCUGAAGGAUACUUUGCUUUUCUUCCAAUAAAUUAAUGUCAGUUUGGUUUUUUUUACUUCCUUUUCCUACUAUUUGUUGCAUAACAAAUACUCUCACUGCCUUCUUUGUAUGAAAUACUGUAUUACUCACUGUGCCUUAACUUAAUCUUUCCUUUUUUGCAAACUGUAUGAAAGUGGUUACUUUCAUAUUGGUUUAAUUUUUCUGUAAAUGCAUUAAUUGGUUAUUUUAUAUUUAAUAUAAUUUUUGAACUGGAA